AAGGUGUUGGCGGCGGCGGCGGGGACGCGCUCGCCGCUCGUGCCCGCGCCGCCCCCCCGGCCGCGCUCCCCUCGGCUCUGCCCGGCUCUCCCUCCCCGGCUGCGGCGGCUCGGCCAUGGCGGAGCUGAGCGCGGAGCGGCUGCGGGCGCUGCCCGGCAGCUGGAGUUACGGGAUCAGCCAGGGCGGCCGCGUCUUCUUCAUCAACGAAGAGGCGAAGAGCACGACCUGGCUGCACCCGCUCACCGGCGAGGCCGUGAUCACCGGGCACCGCCGCAGCGCAGACUUACCCACAGGUUGGGAGGAAGCCUAUACUUUUGAAGGUGCAAGAUAUUAUGUAAAUCAUAAUGAACGAAAAGUAACUUGCAAACAUCCAGUGACAGGACAGCCAUCACAGGACAACUGUAUUUUUGUUGUGAAUGAGCAGACUGCUGCAGCAAUGUCAUCUGAAGAAAAGAAGGAGCGACCAGUAAGCAUGAUAUGUGAAGCAACUAACUAUAAUCUGGCAUCAGAUUAUGCUGCUCAUCCAAUGAGCCCUGUGGGCAGAACAUCACGAUCUUCAAAGAAGGUUCAUAAUUUUGGGAAGAGAUCGAACUCCAUAAAGAGAAAUCCUAAUGCACCAGUUGUCAGACGAGGCUGGCUCUACAAACAGGACAGCACUGGAAUGAAGCUGUGGAAGAAGCGCUGGUUUGUGCUCUCAGAUCUGUGUCUCUUCUACUACAGAGAUGAGAAGGAAGAGGGAAUCCUGGGGAGCAUACUUCUGCCUAGUUUCCAGAUAUCUGUGCUGUCUGCUGAGGACCACAUCAACCGCAAAUACGCCUUCAAGGCAGCUCAUCCAAACAUGAGGACCUAUUAUUUCUGCACAGAUACAGGGAAGGAAAUGGAGUUGUGGAUGAAAGCCAUGAUAGAUGCAGCACUUGUGCAGACAGAGCCUGUGAAAAGAAUAGAGAAGUUCACUGUUGAAAAUACAUCACCUCGAGAAGCAAAUAACAUUUCAAACCAUCGGGUGCUAAUUAAGCCAGAGGCACAAAACAACCAGAGAAACAAAGAAGUGAACAAAAACGAGGAGAAGAAAGCUUUGGAAGCUGAAAAAUACGGAUUCCAGAAAGUCGGGCAGGACAAACCAUUAACAAAAAUUAACAGUGUGAAGCUGAACCCUUUGGGAUCCGAGUACAGGACUUUGCCCAUAAGCACAAUUCCAGGUGGGCACUUCAGGCCUGUGCAUUUGAAUGGAUCUGAGAGCAAAUCCGUGGGAGUGGUGCUGGCGGAUGCCGGGGAUGGAGCCCAUCACAACGCGGUGCCGGCGCACGCGGAGUCCGAGCGGGUCAUGCAGAGAACCAACUCCAUGCUGCAGCUGGAGCAGUGGAUCAAAAUCCAGAGGGGGAAGGGACAGGAGGAGGAAACAAGAGGCAUCAUCUCCUACCAGACGCUGCCGAGGAACAUGCCAAGCCAUCGAGCCCAGGUGCUGCCCCGGUACCCAGAGGGAUACAGGACACUGCCAAGGAACAGCAAGACACGUCCAGAGAGCCUCUGCAGCGUGGCUCCCUACGACAGAGCCGUGGGACCCGCGAGCGCCGAGGACAAGCGGCGCUCCAUGCGCGACGACACCAUGUGGCAGCUCUACGAGUGGCAGCAGCGCCAGUUCUACAACAAGCAGACCACUCUCAGCAGGCACAGCACCCUGAGCAGCCCAAAAACCAUGAUCAACAUCUCCGACCAGACCAUGCACUCCAUUCCCACGUCCCCCUCGCACGGCUCCAUCGCGGGUUUCCAGGGGUACUCCCCGCAGCGGACGUACCGCUCGGAGGUGUCGUCGCCCGUGCAGAGGGGAGAUGUAACCAUCGACCGCAGGCACAGGACACAUCACACAAAGCAUGUCUUUGUGCCUGACAGAAGGUCGAUGCCAGCAGGGCUGGGUUUACAGCCUGUUACUCCUCAGAGCCUCCAAGGCAAAACACCGGAGGAGCUGACUCUGCUGCUCAUAAAGCUGAGACGGCAGCAGGCGGAGCUGAGUAGUAUCCGGGAGCACACACUAGCACAGCUCAUGCAGCUAAAGCUUGAGGCCAGCAGCCCAAAGAAUGAGAUUCUUUCACAUCACCUUCAAAGGAAUGCCAUAUAUUUGGAUCACCAGAUGAAAGAGAAUGAACCUUUAAUCACCAUGGUUCACACUAUGAUUGAGAACUCGGCGCUAAGACCGCAACUGUACCAUCAAUUAACACAAGAAGAAUGUAGGGGUACACUAUACAAAUAUAGAACUGAAGAGCUGGACAUUGAUGCUAAGCUUAGCCGUUUAUGUGAACAGGAUAAAGUUGUGCAAGCACUGGAGGAGAAGCUUCAACAGCUACACAAGGAGAAAUACACGCUUGAGCAAGCUUUGCUAUCAGCAAGCCAGGAGAUAGAGAUGAAUGCAGAUAACCCAGCAGCCAUACAGAAUGUAAUCCUGCAGAGAGAUGACUUGCAGAACGGACUGCUCAGCACCUGUCGGGAGGUGUCCCGAGCCACUGCAGAACUGGAAAGAGCUUGGAGAGAAUAUGAUAAAUUGGAGUAUGAUGUAACUGUAACAAGGAACCACAUGCAGGAGCAGCUCGAUCGGCUUGGAGAAAUUCAGACUGAAUCAGCAGGGAUACAGCGUGCUCAGAUUCAGAAGGAGCUCUGGAGAAUUCAGGAUGUCAUGGAGGGUUUGCUUAAACAUAAACAGCAAAGAAGCUCUUCUGAGACAGGCAUCAUGGUAUCAAGGACAUUUUCUUCUAUUAAAUAUAAAAAUGAGGGUCCUGAUUAUAGGCUUUAUAAGAGUGAACCCGAGUUAACUACAGUAGCAGAAGUGGAUGAGUCUAAUGGUGAAGAAAAAACAGAACCAAUUUCAGAGUCGGAAUCUUCAUCUAAAGGCUCACAUUUCCCUGUGGGAGUUGUUCCACCCAGAACCAAAUCCCCAACGCCAGAGUCCUCAACCAUAGCAUCCUAUGUCACUUUGAGGAAGAAUAAGAAGAUAGAUCUAAGAACGGAAAGGCCAAGGAGUGCAGUGGAGCAGCUGUGCCUUGCAGAAGGCUCACGGCCCCGAAUGACUGUGGAGGAACAGAUGGAAAGAAUAAAGAGGCACCAACAGGCUUGUCUGAGAGAGAAGAGGAGAGGACUCAAUCUCAUUGGUGUUUCAGAGCAGUCUCCCUCCCAGAGCCUGUCCUAUGUCAGGGAUAAUCCACUCAAACUGGCACAGAAUCGGAAAAAGGAGGAUACAGUAUCUGGUAACAUGAAGGAGUUAGAGAGCACCAGCAGAGAAAAUAAUUUGAAACAAAAUAAUGGAAGUCCUGGGGAAGAAAUAGCGCAGCUGAAAAAUGAUGGAGAUCAAGAACACAAUUCAAGUUUUACUAAAGAGCUGUCAAAAACUGAUGAUCUUUUAUCAGAUGCACAUGUUGCAUCUGACUCAAAAGAAGGGAGUAAUGAAGAGAAAGCAGAAAAGAAAAAUAAAUUGGAAGAAACACAUGAUGGUGAUACAAGCAGCUUGCAGAGUGUGACCACAGUUGCAAACCACAAACCCAAAAGCAGCUCAGAAGAAAGUGAAAUACUCAGUGUUCAAGAACAAGAAGGGAUUGUGUCUUCAUUUGAAUUAGCAGCACAGUCUUCAAAAGGAAAUCAGGCAGCAGCAGUGAAAAGUUUGCCUUCCUCACCAGAAUCAUCCUUGUCACCAGCUCCAUCCACACAGACCCAGCUCACAGAAGGAUCCCAUUUCAUGUGUGUAUAGUUACAGACAACACUAACGGCUUCUGUUGAAACAAUUCAUGCCUGAGAUGUAUGGACCUGACCUAUGAACAUAUGAGAAGAUAUUGUACAGUAUAUUUUAAAUCUAUGAAAUUCAUAGUUCUGAUGCUUUUGGCCACAGAGCAUCGUUUUAUCACUUCCUGGAAAAUGUUUAUUCCAAGAGAGCUUUAAAUGGCCCACGUGUACACUCAACAACCUUCAGAUUGUUCUCCUGAUACCAGCUUGCUGCUACGAUUUCCGUGCACAUAAAACAAAGGCUCUUUUUCAUGUGCAGCCUACAGUCAAACUUUAUUUGCUGUUCUUCAGAAUUUAAUGUUCUUUUAAUGAUGGAUCAUAUAAGUUUACUUUUUUUGCCUCUUUUAGAUGCAUAACUCGGUUAAUUUUACAUAUCACCACUAAACCUUGUUUUACACUUUUUCAACAUUACGAUUUAUUGUUUUAACAAUUUAUUUGUAAAAUUUUUAUAUAUAUAUACAUAUAGAUAUAUUUAAAAUGUGCCAUUUUUAUUAUUGCUUAGUAAGAGAUGUCCUGUUUCUGCUGUAAUGAUUUCUUGGUCAGGUUGCAAUGUCAGCAGUUACUGCCACACUUCUGUCAACAUAGACAUUAAUGUUAGUGGUUCCUUUUUCUUGACUAAAAUGGAGUGUAGGUAUUUUGAGGUACUGGGCUUUUCCUUCAUGGGGUUGGGGUGUGUACAGCAAUAAGCAGGUUUUCAAUCCAGUACUUAGUUUGUGUACAAAUGUAAUUAUGUUCAUUGUGUAUAUAUUAUACAAUGAGCACAUAUGAUGUAAGUAUAAGAAGCCACUUAUUAUUGUUCAAAUACGAAUGUUCAUAUCCCAUUUCUUUUAUAUCAUAUUAAAUAAAUGUUGAUGUUCUUAAGGACUUGUAUGGUUAGUAUUUCUUCCAGCAAACAGAUGUCACACUGUGUUCCACCUUUUGAUGUGGGGAAUGCAACAAUUCCUACCCCACUGGCAACAUCACCUGUCAACCAGAGUAGCAGUGACAGACUCUUAAGAGAUCCCAGUCUUCCUCUUCAGGAAAGAAUUAAGGCUGCAACACAGAACAAAACAGACAACCUGAGACUGAGAUGCAAGAAAUACAGGUUGAGCUCCUGGCUCUCCCAGACUUGUGUUGUGGAUUCUGGAAUAAUCACUUAGUCAUUCUGCUCCUCCAUUCCCUGCCUGUUUACAUGGGAGGUAAUAGCCUGUCUUAGUGGGGUGUGGUGAGCAGUAAUUCAAUAUUUGCAAACGCUGAUUGCCAGGUUCAGUGGGGUUAAGGAGAGAAGUGUGAUGAUUCCUGGAGGCUUUGGCAUCUGCAUAGCAUCUUCCAGAAACUGAAAGAAAACCUGAAAUAGUCUGUCAAGUGUUGUCACACUACAGAUGUUACCAGCUUUGCUGUUCCAAAUCGCACAGCUGCCUGAGUUUGCCUGAGACAAAAGAGGGUUAGAAAAGAACUAAGAGAAACAAAAAUAUUUCAGGGAAAGCUUUUGAAUCUUAGGAUGUAAAGCUGAGGAAUCUUUUGCAGGUUCAGGCAAUUGCUGUGUGCUUCAGUGCAUGUGUGUGCCAUAAGUGGUAAGGCAAGUUUCACAGGAAGGCAGCUGCCAGCUCCUGUUGUGCUUUUUUUUUAUCAUACAAAUCAUAUCCUGACCAAGUUAAUAUUGCUGUUCUAGAAGCUAUAUCAUUCAUUGUGCUUUUCCAUAGAGGAGUGCCUGAUACGGUCUCACAGUUUGAAAUUACUUUACCGUUGCCCCUCGCCCCAAGUAGGAAUUUGUGUUUGUUGGAUUCUUCUGGCACUCCCAGCUCUGCUGCCAGUUCUUCCUGGUGCUCUUUGCCACAAAGAUGCAGAGUAUGUUGUCUGGCUACCUGUUGUUCUGCCAUUUUCUCUGAAAAGUAAGAAAACGGGAAUUUUUUUGCAGAAUUCAGCAGCAGAGCCUGGAGGGGUCACAGUGAAAGAGAUGGCUGAAGGAAAGAUGAAUGAUGAUGCAGGCAGACAGCAUUGAGCUGAAAAGUUACCAUAUCACCCUCUUCUUUUGGAACAGCAGCCCCAAAUUAGUGCAAAGACAGAGCAAAGAAGAAAGAAUGUUUUUAUUGCACAACCAAGCAAGGCUUAAGUUCAGUGGCAUCACUGGAACACCUGAGGCAAAGCAGAUAGGACACACCCUGUUCUCUCCCUAACCCUCCUAGAGAGAGCUGCUCGCUGUCAAGGUUUGCAAUCUCUUUCUGCCCUUGCUGCCAAGAAAAGAAUUGCAACCAAUAAAGGAAAGAAUGACUAAGUGAUUUUUGGACAUUUAUAGGUGUUAGCCUGUGUCUAAAGCAGUUAUUGGUUUGGUGUAUCUGCAAGGAAUGUGCAGUUUGUAAUGGAGCUGGGCAAGGGGGGAGAAUGAGCAAGUUUUGCUGAUAGAAUUGUUGGCAAAGACAGCAAAGGUGAAUGAUGCAGGAAUGUAGUAAUGAUCAUAAACUAUAAUUUCACUUCCUGUGGGCACUUGCUGCAAAGACUUGGAGUUUCAUUGGGUGCUCUAUUUUUUUGUCUUAUGGGAAAAAAAAUAAUAAUAAAUGUAUGGCUUUGUGUUAUCACAGAGCAUCUACUGUUUCUUACCUCAUCAGAAUAACUCAUCCCAGUGAUCAUACUCCUGAGAUAUAGAAAUAUCAGAAUACUGAUAUGGUCAGCCUUCAGACAUCUAUUUUAAGUUUGUAUCUAGGAUAUUUUUAUAUUUCUGACUGAUUGCUUUAUUGGCUAUUGCACUGACACUUGUAUAUAUGGAACGUGCUUUUUUUUCAAAAGCAAGAGUCCUUAGGAAUAAUGCAGCACAUUCUCUACAGAUGUUCAUGCUUUUCAGAACCAAUUACAUCUAUUUUUGUCUUUUGUUCACCAUUUGCAUUGUUCCAAGGCUACUAGAGAAUGUGAAUCUUUAAAGUCCCUUAAUAAAGUGACAUUACUCAAAAAGUUA